CAGAAUUCUUUGUAUAUUAAGGUAACUUCAUUAUGUCAGAGGCUUAUUUUUCUUUAUUUAUUUUGAGCAAAUGCUGGAAAAUGGUCCAGAAUGAACAUCUUGAGAAAAUGAGUUCAUCUAUUUUUGGUUCUUUGUAACAAACAGAAGUGGAAAGGUGGUUUCUUAGCUUAGAUCAUUCAGAAUGCAGCUCGCAGAAGCUUUGAAUACAACUGUGGCAUGUACUCCCAGAGGCACAAUACUGGUGUAACCUCACCUUUACUCUCUCAAGAGCUGGCUCAACUGCUGGUUUGCUGUGUGGCUUCUGGUGGUGCGAGGUUAAUUCAGGAAUAUCCUGCAAUCAGUGUUCUGUGGCAAUCAGAUGAGGCCAUCUGUGGAAAAGAAAAAAGAGAAAAAAUGAAGUACAUAUUCUUAGUAUUUUUCAUUAAUUUAUUACCACAGUAUCCUGGGAAAUCUUUGAGAAGAGAUGACAGUUACCCAAAAACAUUGGAAGACAUUAAAAAUGAGAUAGCUGGCUAUAGUGAUAUUGCUAAAGCUAUUAUUGAUCUUGCCGUUCACGGAAAAGCUCAGAACAGAUCUUAUGAAAGAUUAGCAGUUUUUGCCGAUACCAUAGGACCUAGACUCAGCGGUUCAAAAAAUCUAGAUGCAGCCAUCAAGUAUAUGUUCAGUGCCCUGCAGGAAGACAGGCUGGAAAAUGUGCACCUGGAGCCUGUGAAGGUACCACACUGGGAAAGAGGAGAAGAGUUUGCAAUGAUGCUGGAACCAAGGAAUCACAGCAUUGCUGUUCUGGGACUUGGGAGCAGUGUUGCAACUCCACCAAAAGGAAUUACGGCGGAAGUCAUAGUGGUAGCUUCUUUUGAUGAACUGCACGAAAGAGCUCAAGAGGCCAAGGGGAAAAUCGUUGUCUACAACAAACCUUUCAUCAGUUAUGGUGAAACUGUGCGAUACAGAUCACAGGGAGCAGUGGAAGCUGCUAAAGUUGGAGCAGUGGCAUCCCUCAUUAGAUCCAUUGCUACUUUUUCUAUUAAUAGCCCACAUACUGGGUGGCAGAAUUACCAGCGUGAUGUGCCCCGGAUUCCCACUGCUUGUAUCUCUGUGGAAGAUGCUGAAAUGAUGUCACGAAUGUCUUUCCGGGGCACUAAGAUUGUUGUGCACCUGAAGAUGGGUGCUAAGACCUAUCCAGACUCUCCUUCCUUUAACACUGUGGCAGAGAUAGUUGGAAGCAAGUACCCAGAGCAAAUUGUAUUGGUCAGUGGACAUCUGGACAGCUGGGACGUUGGGCAGGGAGCUAUGGAUGAUGGUGGUGGAGCAUUCAUAUCAUGGGAAGCAUUAUCACUCAUUAAGGAUCUGGGACUUCGGCCAAAAAGGACUCUGCGCUUGGUGCUAUGGACAGCAGAAGAGCAAGGAGGAAUAGGUGCUGAGCAAUACUAUCAGUUGCACAAGGAAAAUAUAUCCAACUUUGAUAUCGUCAUGGAGUCUGAUGAGGGCACCUUCAAGCCAUCUGGACUGGGAUUUACUGGCAGUGCUAAAGCUCGGGACAUUGUGAAAGAGAUCAUGACUCUGCUGCAGCCCAUCAAUGUUACAGAUGUUUAUGACAGCGCAGAUGGAACAGACAUUGACUACUGGAUGAGAGACGGGGUGCCCGGUGCCAGCUUGCGUGAUGACCUCAGUAAAUACUUCUGGUUUCAUCAUUCUCACGGGGACACGAUGACAGUUCAGGAUCCAAACCAGAUGAAUCUGUGUGCUGCUGUUUGGACUGUUGUCUCCUAUGUAAUUGCUGACAUGGAGGAGAUGUUGCCAAGGUAAUAAAACAGCAAGAAAGAAGAUUUCUGUUCUUCAGCAAAGACUGUGAGUCCACUAAUGCAUGUGGUUUACAGCUGUGGGAAAUUCUGCUUUUUACCCUGAUUUUGUGUAUUAUGAUGUCAGUUUUCCUCAAAACUCAUGUGCUCUUUUACACAUUCCUGUUCCUUUUUGCUGUUUUGAUAUCUUCCAUUUGUGAUUUUUACUUAAAAUUUCUUCUAUUAAGUACUUUUUGAAUUUCUGAUGCAGGUAUAAUACCUCUUUGACUAUGACAUAAUAACCAUUUGUAUGCAGAGUGGUCCUGUGCUGCAGUAAAAAUAUACCAAAUAAAUUAGUUGCAUCAGAAUAAUUAAUGUAUUGAGUUAGUGUACACAUUUAUGGUUUUGUUCUCUGUCUUUCACUCUAUGCAUUAGAAUGAAAUACUAUUAAUGAAGCAGCCCUUUUUACUCUCAUAAGAUAAUACUGUAGUUUCUAUACAGUUUUCAGGUUAUUGGACAAAUUCAUCUUGGCUGUUUUAAUGGUAAUAUAUGGUAAAAUGGUCAAAUAAUGGUCAAAAUGCUAAAAUAAUAGGGCUUUUAAUAGUUUGUUCAGCUCCUGCUGUUAAAUUUUACUAAAGGUCACUUGAUGUGAGGCUCAGAUAAAACACAGCAUAGAGGACAAGAAGCCAGCCACAGGACUCCCAGAUCUCCUGUGUUUCUUCAGGAGAAAGCUGUGCAUGUCCUUUUCUUUCUGAUGGAAGACUCACCAUAGUGACAUGCAGAGAAUUUCAUGUGGCAGUUUUUCUCUGAAAUGCCAUGAUGUUUCAGAAACGGCGUCACAGCUGUGAUUUGUGACCUUCACUACCUGCCAGCUGAUAUCCAAACGAAGCAUAAGAGCAGAUUUUGAUUCCGACUUCUGAAGCCGUUCCCAACUGCCCCUCUCUUGCAGAGAUGCUCUCCUGCUGGAAGCUGGGUGAGAGGACACUGGUACAUAUGCACUUUGAUGGAGGAAUUAACCUGGGAAUUUCAUUCUUGUAUACUUUGUUGGGUUUUGGUAUUUUUCCUGCUCAAAAAUUAUGACCAUUCAGAUAACUUCAGGGCUAUCUAUAGAGAAGAUAUAACUGGUGUUGGGGAAUAUUUUCAGCUGUAUGAUUUCUGUUCAUUUCUUUGCGACAUGGCGCUUGUUUCUGCUUUUAAAUUUUACAAUGAGCAAGCUUACUGAUGUGAAUAACUGCUGCAAUAUAAUCAACACCAAACAACUAAUGUAACGAACAAUAUGGAGUAUUAAACCAAAUGGCAGGCAGUCCCUGGUGCUGUUAAUCAGUUCUGUCAUUGAGCAGUAGCUGAGUGAUGAGCCAUUCAUUUUUAUAGAAUUAAUAACCAUGAUAUCUGUUUACCAUGAUAAUAGCUGUUUUACAUCAAAUUUAUUAAAUAUUUCAAUUUUCCCUCCAAAUCACUUCAGGAACAUAAAGGCUGCCUGGAGAUACUCUGCUCUUUCUUUUUAAAGAAUUAGUAUUGAUAUAAAGUUAGCAAAAUUUCCUCUGCUUCCAAGGCAUGAUGUUUAUGCUUCUUUUUCCUGGUUUGCUAGACAAGAGCACAGCUGGUGGUGCUCACCACUGACGUGUCCUCAGCUGUCUCUAAAUCCAGCUUUUUGACCUUCAUGGGAUAUUACUAUUUCCUGAACUACAUUCCACGUCUUUCACUCUCAAGGUAUGCCACUUUGUACAUCAGAGAUUCAGAAGGGUUUUCCAUGAAGUUACAUUUAUUGUUACAAAUCUUAACCUCUGCUCACAUGGAAACAGAGUUUAUUUGUGGUUUUCUCCAUUGCCUCAAGUCAAAUGGAGAAUCUCUGGUGUCAAGAAUACUUCUGCAGAGGAGAAGAACACUGCGUUAUGCAUGUGGCACCACAGCACAUCCCAAGAUGUACUUGUUGGCUCCUAUGAUCCAUAAGAUAAGCCUCAAAGAUUAAAACUUGUGAUGCCCCUGAAGAAAAUCUAACCUUCAUGUCAACUUCAGAUACACUUCUCUGGAGAGAAGCUUUACAGAGUGGGUUUGGAAAAAAAUGUUCAAAAAUCAAAAAAUUGCCAACUUAUUUUUAUAGAAAUGGUGAAAUAGUGAAAUUUAAAACAUUUUAGUUUUCAAAUUGACAAAGAAUUUUUUACAUGUAAACCCAGGUUCCAUUAAAAUAAGACAUUGGCUUUUUGAUUCCUCUCAUCUGUAAUAGUUCUCAGACCUAAAAGUCCAACUAUUCACAGUGCUCUCCUCAUAACCUGUCUGUUCAGAUGUACCUCUCUCAAAAAUUUCCAUAAAUGAAGAGAUGCUAAUACAUUUCUUUCCUUUCCCAGUGGGAUUUUUUACCUUCUGUGCAGUAGCUCAUCUUUAUCCCUGCUCAGUGUAGCAAUUAUACUGUUUCAAUUAGUGGCAAUUAAACAUAUAUUGGCUGGUCAAUUUUCAGUUCAAGAGCACUUCUAAAGCGAUCCAGAAAACAUAACUUUGCUUUCCACUGGCAUGCCCCCUUUGAUCUUGGAGGAUGUUUCUCAACUUUACUUGAGAAAGUAAUAGCUGAAGAUACCAUUUUUAUUAUUAUGAUUGUCAGGGUCAGCUGCCAUAAAUCUGUGCUUUUCAUAAGUAUUUUGAUGACAUUCUAAGGUAAAGGGGCCAUGUGUACAUUUCCCUCCACUAAAAUAAAAUGCUAUCUUUGACUAGAUUGCUUUUUGCCUGCAUAGAUGUGUGAGCCGAGAGUUGAAAAAACAGCAGCAGCAUUUAAAUAUAUGUUAAAAAUUUAAAUUUCAAAUAAACAUUUUCCUCACGGUAUUACAAAUCUCUUGCAUCUGCUGGGAAGGGAGGCCCCUGGGUAGCCUUCCUUUCUGCUGCAGCUCGAAGGUUUCAGACAUAGUUAAAGAAGGACAGGGCCAAUACAUAAUUCAUUUACCCAACUAGACUAUAACACAAAUGCUGAUGAAAAGUCUCUUUUCAAUACUGUAUAAUGUAACAUAGGUAAUUUUCUGAGUAGUAAAAGAAUUGCAGGAUAGGAAACCGAGUUGGCGCUUUUGUCCUUCAUGUGUCAAGACAUUAUUGGAGUUUCACUGUCUCUUUGAAUGAUUCAGUUCUAGGUGAUCCCACAAGAUCUUUACUUCCUUUUAAAAUAAUUAGAAACAAAGAAAGAGAGCUGUUUCCUGGAACAAGAGAUGAAGUGAUGCUUCUGCUGCUGCUACACUGCAAAUAUCCUUGGCUGUAUAUUUAGUUAGUAUGCUUCCCCCGUAACAGUUUAAGACACUUCCAUUUACCAUAAGUAAAUAUCAAACUGAUCUUGAUAUCUAUAUCUGUCUCAUGAAAUAUACAUACCAUCUAAAUGUGCCCAAAUGAUUAAUUUACUGCUGUGUAAUGAUUAGCAUAAAAAUCUCAUCAUUGCACAGGAUAGAAAUGUUACCACUAAUUGCUGGUUGAAGUGAACAAUGUUUUCUGCAUAGAAAUUAAUGAUGCAUGCAUCACAGCUCUUGAAUGGGAAAAUUCAAGACUUUCUGGAAAAGGAGCAUCUUUGGGGGUUUUUUCUUCUUUUUUUCUGCUAAAUCAUAGGGGAGAUGGAUCAUAUGUAGUAGAAGGGAAUAUUAUUUUGUGCACAGUCCAUUUUAUCUUUGCACCACACUUACAGAAAUGUUUUAACUUACACCUUUUGUAAUCUUCUGUGUAUAGCAGAUGCAUGGAAGCACUGUCCAACGCACACCAUAGUCUUUCAUGGCCAUUGAUUCUGGAAGCUCUAGCCCUUUUGCCCAAAGGUUUGACCAGCUAUGGAGCUGUGAUUUAUAGUUACAAUUGUUCAAUAAAUACAUUGUGUUAGCACCUGAUUAAGGUCUUUAGGCUCCUCUCUUCUUAAUAAUCCUCUUUGCCUUUGGAGGAGGGACAUCAAUGACAAGUUUAUAUCCAGCUCUGUGUCUAGCUUGCAGUUUGAUUUCACUUCAGGACAGAUUAAACACCUUUAGUUUAUGUUAAGUUUUUAUUUUGGGGGUGUUUUUUUGGUCUUUCACUGUCAUUUGCAGCACCUGUACUGUGAUAUGGAUAUCAGGAAUGAGUAUGCGACUGAAAAAAUCUGCGUAUUUUGUGCCUUGGGGCUCAGGAACUGCAAGACGCAAUUGAGAUGACUCUGAAGAGCAACACAUAAGCACAUGGGUGAGAGCUCCAUCAGGGCCACCACUUGCCAUUACCACUGGCCUGUGUUACUGGCAGACAGAGCUUUGUGAUCAGUGCAAUGAGUUUUCAUCACUGGUCAUGAUUUUCUAUAUAACUCCAUGAAAAUCAGGUUUAUAGAAAGCAAAGAGGGAAGCUCUGGAGGACAGACCACAAAAAUUAGAGCAAGGUAACACUGAGGCAGGGGCUGUGGCUUCAAGUACCGAUGUUUUACUUUGCUUUGCUGGAUGAGUUCGGGAGCUCUACGUAAACCUGCCCGAGUUUCACUGCUAAAUGGUGGUGGUGGUGGUGUUUGCUGCUCAUGUUUGAUGUAGUCUGAUUUAACAACAGUGUGUUAAAACAUAGAUGCGUGUAAAACAUAAGUUCAUAGCAGAAGUGAGGUUCUAUUGGAGGAGAGGAGUAAGGGGUUAAUGCCUUUUAGCUGCAUGAGAAUUCAUCUGUAAAAUGUGUCUUUUACUAAUUACCGUUUGCAUUUACAUUACUUGCAUUAUUUGUAUUUACAUUUGCUAAUUGCAUUUACUAUUUGUCAUGACAAACAAAAAGAAAUAUUCCUCCUUCAGAUACUGCCAUUUCAAAACAGAAUUUGGACAUUAGGCAUAUCCAUUUUAAACUAAUAGUACUUUGCAUCCAGGAAUGGUGUGGUAUGAUGUAUGCAAAAUGGUCGCACACAAUGCCAUCUAUAUAUAUAAUUUCACAGCUUUGGACCAUCACACACAUGCUAAGUCUGUUUCACAAAAUCAGUGGCCGUACAGUGGGGCAGUAUGGGCAAAGGGAAUAGGUUAAAUGGUUUUCAAAUAGCCAUGCAGCCUGUCAGUCCUGAAGUUAAGUUUCAGAUACAGAAGUUCCUACCUCAGCCAAACUGUGCUGCCCAUAAAUGAGUUACUAGUUUGUUUUUAUACCACUGAGGUGAUUUUGAAGCUGAAGUAUAACAUUUAGUGCAAAAGUGACAUUUUUGACUGAGCAUGUGCAACACUGGACUGCAAAUUCAAGAGAGAGAAAUGAGAAAAUUAUUUUUGUGGUUUUUCUCUCAGUUAACCAAGCUAGUGAUUUAUAUUGACCUUAAAACAUAUUAACACACACCUACACACAUUUCUCCCUCUAUGCAUAAUACGGAAAAUCUUUCUUAUCAAUGAUUAUUUCAUUUCUUCUUUUUAUCAGGGUGUGUACUUUAUAAGCAGAAGUUGCCAAAAAAUAUCUGGAUUUACAGAGUAGCAACUAUAUUCUUAGUCUCAGUAGGAAUUCAGGUAAUAGUGCAGCAAGCAUCUUGAUAAGACUGAUGUCCUGUGCGUGGACUGAAUCUUUGGGAAAGUCUUUGAAACUGUGAUUUCAUUGAGGUUCUUUGUGGCUUGUGUUAUAAUUUCUGGGAUAUUUUGACUUCACCUUUGUGAAUGUGAUUAUUCAAUAUGUUACUUAUCUUGGAUUGUCUGUAUCUUUUGCUUUUUCCAGGGAUGUUAUGGCAGUGGUAUAGCUACAGAGAAUUCAUAUCAUUGCCUGUACUUAAAAGCAACUUCCCCAGUU